UGAAAAUGUAACCAUGAGAAUUUUUCACUCCGUAGACAAGAAAAUGGCUAAACACUGUUUGGGUGUUACAGUGACCGGUGCAUGACUGUAGACCUCUUUCGGCAUGGCUGUUUGCAGAAGCGCGCAACGCUCUUGUACCGGGACUUGACCGGGACUGCCACCUUCUGUUCUCCUCCGCAAUGGGACUUGAGCGGAUAGCGAGGCCUCUGCCGAAACGGCGCAGGCUGGUUUCAGCACAAUCCAGCUUGAAAGACGCGUCUACACUGACUACGCCAGUGGAACAACACCUUGAUCUGGUCAACGAUGGGAUCCCCGUCUGCGUUUCUUGCCACAGAAGCUUCCCUAGAAAGGUCAACGAGGUCGUGCGCUGUGCGAGGUUCGCGAUCCGUGCUGUAUGCGUCUGUGCUACUGAUUGUCGGCUUAGAUGUCGGGCAACGACGUGUCUGGUCUGCUCGCGGACGUGCAGCGCGCCGCCGCUGUCUAUGCCUCCGACGCCCGCUUUGACCCGCUCUUCUACCCCGUCUCCGUCACCUUCGCCAUCGCCGCGGCGUCCUGCGCUCGCGCUCAGUACGAACUCGCGGACAGCGAACGCGCUGUCUAACCCCGCGCCUGAGCGUACACCGGCCGGAAAACGUCGCAAGCCACUCCAGUCGGACACAGAUGGAGACGAACAGCCAAGUUGGUCGUUGGGCAUUGAGAAAGCCUCGAAAGAAGCGACUCCGCGUGGCUGCGGUAGGACGGUCUGUCGCAGUUGUUGCCAUGAGAAUGCUUUGAGUGCCACUACGACAUGCUAUGACUGUCUGAACCAUCCGUACAACCACCCAGUGCAGCAGGUCGACGCUCGCAGCUCCCACUGAACGUCAAACAAUCUGUCAUCCUCGUUCCCUCACACGACCCGCAUCACCAAUCUCGCGUGGUAUACUCAUGUCACUUUAAUCGGCUACUCAUAUUGACUCAACCCCAUCUUCGAAUCUGCGCUACCACUCAUCCAUCUUCUGUACUUACCCAUCUAGCAUGCUGUAAUUUAGGCCCAAUGGUACUGGAUCAUUUGAUUUUCGACUGCCUCUUCAGUGCGGGUCCCCUUGCGACUGUGCGGUGCGAC